CUAGGAUUCGCCAAUGGAUUCCCACGAGGGAAACAGUGCGGGAAAUGGCGUAGGAAAUGGUGCAUCAGAGUCUUUGCCACCGCCCCCUCCUGUUCCACCGAAUGUUGAGCAGGAGCAGGAUCUUGAACCUGCUAAGAAAAAAGUGGUGCGCGUCCCUAUAGUGAGACGUGGUUUGGGAACUAAGGGGAAUAAGAUUCCUAUACUGACGAAUCACUUUAAAGUAAAUGUCACAAACGUUAAUGGUGACUUCUUCCCUUACAGUGUUGCACUUUUUUUAUGAAGAUGGGCGCCCAGUAGACGGAAAGGGCAUUGGUAGGAAGGUCCUCGACAGAGUUCAUGAGAAUUAUGACACAGAGCUCGCCGGGAAAGACUUCGCAUACGAUGUCGAGAAAAGUUUGUUUACAUUGGGUCCUCUUCCUAGGAACAAGCUAGAAUUCACAAAUGUGCUUGAGGAUGUCGUGUCCAACAGGAACAACGGUAAUCGAAGCCCUGGAAGCCCCAACGAUGGCCGGAAAAGGCAACGGAGGCAAUACAAUUCUAAGACGUUUAAGGUAGAGAUCAGCUUUGCAGCCAAAAUCCCAAUGCAGUCAAAUUGCCAAUGCACUUCGGGGUCAAGAAACAGAGAACUCUCAAGAAGCCCUGAGAGUUGUGGACAUCAUUUUGAGACAACAUGCAUCGAAGCAGGGCUGCCUCCUUGUUCGCCAGUCAUUUUUUAACAAUGACCCAACGAAUUUUGUAGAUGUCGGAGGUGGCGUUCUGGGCUGCAGGGGUUUCACUCUAGUUUCCGG